GGCGGCCGGGAGAGGCCCCUCCUUCACGCCCUCCUUCGUUCCCUCGCUCGCUGCGGAGCGGAGCCGGCGGACGCGGCUGGGCCCCCGACCCUUCCCGGGCCAUGGCCGGCAACGUGAAAAAGAGCUCUGGGGCCGGGGGCGGGGGCGGCUCCGGGGGCUCGGGCUCGGGCGGCCUGAUCGGGCUCAUGAAGGACGCCUUCCAGCCGCACCACCACCACCACCACCACCACCUCAGCCCCCACCCGCCCGGCACCGUGGACAAGAAGAUGGUGGAGAAGUGCUGGAAGCUCAUGGACAAGGUGGUGCGGCUGUGUCAGAACCCAAAGCUGGCGCUAAAGAAUAGCCCACCUUAUAUCUUAGACCUGCUGCCAGACACCUACCAGCAUCUGCGCACUGUCCUGUCAAGAUAUGAGGGGAAGAUGGAGACACUUGGAGAAAAUGAGUAUUUUAGGGUGUUCAUGGAGAAUUUGAUGAAGAAAACUAAGCAGACCAUAAGCCUCUUCAAGGAGGGGAAAGAAAGAAUGUAUGAGGAGAAUUCUCAGCCUAGGCGAAACCUCACCAAACUGUCGCUGAUCUUCAGCCACAUGCUGGCAGAACUAAAAGGAAUCUUUCCAAGUGGACUCUUUCAAGGAGACACAUUUCGGAUUACUAAAGCUGAUGCUGCAGAAUUUUGGAGGAAAGCUUUUGGGGAAAAGACAAUAGUCCCUUGGAAGAGUUUCCGACAGGCCCUUCAUGAAGUGCAUCCCAUCAGUUCCGGGCUCGAGGCCAUGGCUCUGAAAUCCACUAUUGAUCUGACCUGCAAUGAUUAUAUUUCAGUUUUUGAGUUUGACAUCUUUACAAGACUCUUUCAGCCGUGGUCCUCGCUGCUCAGGAACUGGAACAGUCUGGCCGUCACUCAUCCUGGCUACAUGGCUUUCCUGACCUACGACGAAGUGAAAGCCCGGCUCCAGAAGUUCAUUCACAAACCUGGCAGUUACAUUUUCCGGCUCAGCUGCACUCGUCUGGGUCAGUGGGCUAUUGGGUAUGUCACCGCUGAUGGGAACAUCCUCCAGACAAUCCCGCACAAUAAACCUCUCUUUCAAGCCCUGAUUGACGGUUUCAGGGAAGGCUUCUAUCUGUUUCCAGAUGGACGGAAUCAGAAUCCUGACCUGACAGGCUUAUGUGAACCAACUCCCCAAGACCACAUCAAAGUAACCCAGGAGCAGUACGAACUGUACUGUGAGAUGGGCUCCACGUUCCAGCUGUGUAAGAUAUGCGCUGAAAACGACAAGGACGUCAAGAUCGAGCCCUGCGGCCACCUCAUGUGCACGUCCUGUCUCACGUCCUGGCAGGAAUCAGAAGGCCAGGGCUGUCCUUUCUGCCGAUGCGAAAUUAAAGGUACUGAGCCCAUUGUGGUAGAUCCGUUUGACCCUCGAGGGAGCGGCAGCCUCCUGAGGCAAGGAGCCGAGGGAGCCCCCUCCCCAAAUUAUGAGGAUGACGACGAUGAACGCGCGGAUGAUUCUCUCUUUAUGAUGAAGGAACUGGCUGGGGCCAAGGUGGAACGGCCUCCUUCUCCGUUUUCCAUGGCCCCGCAAGCCUCCCUUCCCCCGGUGCCACCCCGACUUGACCUUCUGCAACAGCGGGUGUCUGUUCCUUCAAGUGCUUCUGGGCUCGGAAGUGCUCCUAAGGCAGCUUCCGGCUCCCUCCAUAAGGACAAACCGUUACCAAUACCUCCCACGCUUCGAGAUCUUCCACCCCCACCUCCUCCCGACCGGCCUUACUCUGUUGGAGCGGAAACCCGGCCUCAGAGACGCCCCUUACCUUGCACACCAGGCGACUGUCCGUCCAGGGACAAACUGCCCCCUGUUCCCUCUAGCCGCCUUGGGGAAUCAUGGCUGCCUCGGCCUAUCCCCAAAGUACCAGUGGUCGCCCCAAAUUCUAGUGACCCCUGGACAGGUAGAGAAUUAACCAGCCGGCACUCACUUCCAUUUUCAUUGCCCUCCCAAAUGGAGCCCAGAACAGAGGGGCCUCGGCUUGGAAGCCCGUUCAGUGUGGAUACCUCCAUGAAUAUGAAUAACAGCCCAUCAGGCUCCGAGUGUGAGCACCCCAAAAUCAAACCUUCCGCAUCUGCCAACGCCAUUUAUUCUCUGGCUGCCAGGCCUCUUCCCGUGCCGAAGCUGCCCCCCGGGGAGCAGGGUGGGAGUGAGGAGGACACGGAGUACAUGACCCCCUCCUCCAGGCCUCUGGGGCUUCCAAAGCCGGAUGGGAAACGGCCUCUGGACGCGACCCAGAGUUCACGAGCGUGUGAUUGUGACCAGCAGAUUGAUAGCUCUACAUAUGAAGCGAUGUAUAACGUUCCGGCCCAGGCGGCCUUGGCUGUCACGGAGGGCAGCACCUUUGGCGACGGGAGCGUGGCCGCGGCGCCCGCCGGCACCGGGCCCGAGGAGGCCGAGAACGAGGAGGGCGGCUACGACGUGCCCAGGCCGCCCGUGCCCACGGCGCUGGCCCGGCGGACUCUCUCCGACAUCUCCAACGCCAGCUCCUCGUUCGGCUGGCUGUCUCUGGAAGGCGACCCCGCCUCAGACUUCACUGAGGGUUCCCAGGUUCCCGAAAGGCCUCCCAAACCGUUCCCUCGGAGAAUCAACUCUGAACGAAAAGCAGGCAGCUGCCAGCAAGGCGGUGCCGCCCCCGCCCCCCCGCAGCUCUCCAGCGAGAUCGAGAACCUCAUGAGUCAGGGGUACUCCUACCAGGACAUUCAGAAAGCUUUGGUCAUUGCCCACAACAACAUCGAAAUGGCCAAAAACAUCCUCCGGGAAUUUGUUUCUAUUUCUUCUCCCGCCCACGUCGCCACCUAGCAGCCCGUGCCCCGCUGCGGCAUCAGAGGGCCAGCGAGCCGCCGCUCUCCCCGGAGCGGCCCCGGAAGGGCGGAGGCGUCCUCGGAGGCUUCACGGCCUCGUCUCGCCCUCGCUGUGGGGCUUCACGCCUGUGGUUCCAAGACUUCAAAGCAGUGGCAUGAACAUGGAGCAGCUAGUGUGCUUUAUUAUUUUAUUUGUUUUGAGAGUGGAUUCGAAGGUGCCCUUCAGUCCCCACUUUAGAGUGUGGAUUCUUACUAAAUGGUAGCCUGUGGGGGAGCAGUCCAGAGAGCAGUAGGGGAAGGGCUGCGCUGUGAAUCCUCACGGGGGACUUAAGACUUCCCUGGGUAAGGGUGUGGUUGUGUGUCUGUCUGUGGUGGUGUGUGUCUUGUGAUUAUAAGAUUAACCUGCUGUGUGUGUUGAUCCCAGGCAGGGAAUUAGCACAAGAGCUUCAGGAAGGAAUCGUUUAAGGACUUGCAUCUACUGUGGUUUCUCCCCGAGCCCCGUGCGCACUGCAGCGUCAACACUCCCGGCGGCUUGGGUGACCCUGUGCAGAGUGAAAGUCUUGUGUUUUUAGAUCACCCUCCCUCUGUCCUUUGUCGCGCUUCCUCCUCCUCGGGGUCUGUCCUUGGCAGUGGGCUUGCCGUGACCAGACUUCCUGAAGCCGAGUGGCUUAUGGGAUGCUCCUGUGACGUGUGAUGGUUGGGGGGGGGCGGUGCUGUUCGAUCUAGCAGCUAACACUGGUCACUCCAAAGCACUGAUUCUAUAGGAACACUGACUGUUGAAAGAAGAUGUUUUCAUUAUCCUAAUUAGAUAAUGAUGAUUUGAGAUAGAGGCCUUCAGACACAUUCCGGGCCCUCCCCAGAAGACGGCUUCCUGGAUGCCAGGUGUGUGACGGACCUAAGCUGCGGGUUUUUCUGCUUCAUGGGAAGGGAAGGGCGUUUGUUUCCAGCAUGGCUUUCUGGCCCGAAUCCCACAAAACUUCUAGAAGCUUCAUUCACAUGCUCUUUGCCUUGUCGUCCAUAAGAUGCACAAAAUAGUGAAGAUCUCUCUGUUUGGUUUCUCUUCCCAGUGAGUUAGUUCCAGCUUGUACGGGUGUCUCCCCUUGAACAGGAGCCAGGAGAUCCUGCUCCUCGCCCUGUAAGGAAAGGGGCUGAACCCCACGGUGGCCCAGCAUUCUGCUGACAGCACCAGUCCCGCGUCGGUGCCCGCCGACAGCCGGCUUUCCUCCUGUGCCUCUGGCUGUGGGCAUGUCUUCCCAUCACCUCCGUCCUGCGUCCUCCAGUGACUGCGUUCUCCACGUGAUUAGACCGCGCUCGGUGUCUACGUGACUUUACUGUGGUCAGAGACCUCGUGUGGGAAGCCCGGCAGUUGGCGUGAUUGCCGGUCAUAAAGAAGAUUCAGGGUGCAGCGUGGGGCCCCCAUUAGGGGCUCCCGGAGGGGCUGCAGGACGACCCCUGGAGUUGGGCUAGGUCUCUGUGCGGUCUCUGUGCCUCCCCAGCCAGGCGGGGCACCUCCCCCCACCACUUGUCAGAAGCACGCCUGCUCGUUGACAGAUCUGCCCUCCUCAGAAAUCUCAGUCCUGCUUUUGUCUUUAGAUGCAGAAUCUCUGUAGUCAGUUUUCUUUCCCAUCUUGUCAUCUGCGGAGCUCAAACCUUUUCUGACUCUUCUUUUGGCUCUCAGCUGUUCUGGACCUUCCCGCUUUAUCCUCCUGCCUCCGGACGUUCAGGUUCCCAGGGAGGAAGGGGCAGGACUUCUUGCUGAUGUGCCCUGGAUCCCCAGGGUCUGCUCCACGUGGCGGGACACAGCCCAGCCCGCCGUCAGGUGUGGCUGGGAAUUAGUGACCCAGCGUUUCCUCCGAAAAGCCAGUCAGGAUAGUGUUUCGUUUGUGGCAACAUUCAGUUUGUAUUUUGUUUAAAUGCUGAAGGCCGGGACAAAGAGCUAGAAAGAAGCGGCCGCAUUUUCUGCGCCUGCCCACGCCCGCAGCUUCCUGUUGGCAGGUGUGCUGAGAGCCCAGAACACCGGUUCCGUGUGUCCAGAAUCUUCAGGGAUUGCGUCCUUGCUCGUAGAGGCUAAGGGCAAGUUCAUCCUUUUGUUUCUAAUCAGGCGAGGGCCCCUGUGGCUCGUGGGGUCGGCCCUGGCCCUGGCGUGUCCGAUCCCCGAGUGGCAGACACAGGCUUCAUUGACGGGCCUGGUCAUCGGCCUGGCGGCUGGGUGUGUGCGGGCUGUCAAGGUUUUUAGACCGUUCUGUGAGGUUUUCUCUCCUGUCUCUGAGACAGACCUGGGUCCGCGCCUAUCGCUGCCAAGGGAGCCUCACGGAUGUGAGUUCAGGUGGAGGUUGGUCUCGAAGGGAUUUCCAAAACUUUACUGUCCCUUUGCGGCAAAAACACCACCUUCCUCGUCCUCCGCUCGUGUGGCGGGUGUAACUCUUGGGCUCUGCUCUGAAUUUAGAAUCGCUCUUUCAGAAGUAGGCUUUGAGUUUUGCCAUUUUGUGCAAACCCAUCCCCCCCCCCCCAGCCUAAUUACAAGUGGCUUCUUCUCUGCUGACUUGCCCGGUGGAUGAGGUGAAAGUCACUUGGAGGUUUUCCUUUUUUCUCAAACACAGUAGGCCGUUCAGUCCAGUCCAGUCUCCUUCCCUCCUUUCCGGCUUGCUCUGUGCAGCCUGCUGCCCGCCGUGCUCCUUCCCGACGUGGGAACCCCUGCAGGCUCCGUCCUCUCCCUGCCUGUAAGAUGGUAGCAGCUGGGGCGCCUUCUCGUCUCCGCGGCUCUCUGUCCAGUGUCAUGUGACUGGUGACCUGCACCUGUGCGGCCGCCCCCCCCCCCCCCCCCCCCCCCCCCCCCCCCCGCACGCCCCGCCAUCCGGGUCUCUCCCCAUCCAGGCGGCGCCCGGGCCAGGAUGGGGCCUCAGCUGCUUUGUGGGUUAGAAUAUUUGGAAGGGCGUUGCUAUUCUUCAUACUCAAAGUACUUACUUCCUCCGUAGAAGACUAGAGUGUAAGUGUUGGUCCAAACAGCAGGCCUACAAAGGAGGUUCUGUGGAUUUGCUGUGCCAGAGGAGGGACUGCACAGCCCCUCAAGGCACCGCGCACAAGCCUGUCGUGGGUGGUCGGGGUGGUGUCGACACAGAACUUUCUCCUACCUCACCUCCUGCCGGGCAGGGUUCUAGACCGUCUUCCCAAACUCGGUCAGUCCCCCUUCCUGCCCUUGGCCUCGCUGCUGCCCAGGGGAGAGCGGCAUUCUGACCGUUGGCCUGGCAGCUUACCAGUUAGUUUGUGGAUUCAGCAGCCCUUCCCGGGCGAUAGCCGUGUGCCGGGAGCACCGGCUCGGCACUCUCCCUGCCGCCCUUGGGGGCCCCCGAUGCCAGCGGGCCGCACGAGGGCUGGCAGCCCGUCCCCAGAAGACUGUGCGGCUCUUAGUCGCAGCUCUUUUAUGUGCACCUGUGUCUCCUUAUGGCUCUUCCGUUAACCCAUGCCGUCUUCCUGGAGCUUCGGUAGCAUCGGGGAGACUCCUUGAUGGAAGUCUCGUGGGCACCCACCGUCUUUGACGUGGUUCCGUGGACUGUUUGGUGGGUCAAGGGGAGCGUUGGCUCAGAGCCGCACAGUAGGGCAGUUCUGGGUUUAAGUGAGGCAUCUGCCCGCAGUCCCGCUCCAGUCCAGUGCCUUCCUUGAUCUUCCUGCUGAGCUGUUCGCGUCCCUAAUUCCCCUGUGGAGUUUCCUUGUCCCCUGUGGGGGCCUAUUCCCACUUCCCGCUCUCUUUGCAGCUAAUUGUGUCUGAAAGGCUGAAGGUGUGGGAGAGGGUGGGUGCCUGGGGUUGGUCCUGGUCUUUAGCUGUUCGGUCUCACAAGAGCUAGGCAGCAAAAUAGAUGGGACUCAGUUCUCAGAAAUGCCAGCCUUUUCCUCCUGUGCGACGGAGCUUGGGACCCUAGAAUGUGGCAUCAGAAGGCGCACACCCCCACUCUCCUAUGGACUUUCAGGCCCUUAGAAUUCGAUCUGAAGUGACCCAGGUCCACACUCAGUGUUGCUGGGACCUACUUUGACCUCAGUGUACGUUCGUUGUCUCCCUUUAGAAGUGCGUACAGCCGCGUAGUGCGUGGGGAGGGGGCGCCGCGGAAGGAGACCGCAGUGUUGUGUCUUUGAUUGUCCUGCUGAGGAAUCCUUCGGACGUUGGAAACAGGUAUGCAGGCUAAAGACGGGGGAACCCUAAGGACACAGGGUAUUUCGUAGACCCCAGUAUAACAAGGACAGUUGAUUCUUGCACGGGGCUGGGCUGGGACCGUUGGACUUUGCACCUUGUCCUUUCUCCUGCUUAUCAGGCACCGCCCCGAAAUAGACAGCCCAGCCCCCAGGUCCAGGCUCUAGGGGUCACCGGGCGCAGCUUCCCGGGGCCUCUUGACUCACAUUCUCAAGAAAGAACACGAUCAGCCCAGCACAUUGCCUGCUGUCUACCCCUGACCAGUCAGCCUUGGUGCGUGGGGGCGCAGGGGCGUGCCCCUGCGGGUGGCAGGUUGUGGGGAGAAGAAGCUAUAGGCGGAUGGACGCCCUGAAGACAUUUUAGUAGUAAAACUGCUGUCAUUCUAAUGCCUUUUUUUUAAAGAGUAGAAAUGUCGGCAUGGGACCGCGUCUGGGAUAUUGAGGAAGCUCUUAGGUUUCACUUAGUUCAGGUUAUUGUCAUCUUUGUUUCUUCAUUUCCUGUUUUAAGUCCCUUUAUCAGUCUUGGCAUCCAAGAUUUCUCACCUCCUGCCUUAGGGCCGUUUCCUCCUGCUCCGGAGCUAGUCUGUUCUUACGUGACUUCUUUGCCUUCAUUCAGUCUCAGGUGUUUGUUAGCCUUCUUUCAUUUUAUUUGGAGAGCAAAUCACACGUCCCACUGUAGCCCCCCAUGGACUUCUGGGCUCUCAAGUUUUAGCGCCGAAAAUACAUGCCUUCUGUGGGCCCGUGGCCCCUGCUCCCCUCCUCCUCGAACGGGGCUCGGGGGGCAGGUCGUGUUCCUGGGGACGCCUCCCGAGGCCCCUCAGAAGCGACUCCCUGGGGCCAGCAGGAACAUACACGAGUUGGGACAGUUGCCAGGAUGGAAAUGAGACGUAGAUUCUGGUUUGGAGGAGAGUUUUGACUGAGCGCUCUUUACGCCGGGAGCUCUGGGCUUCCCUGUCCACUUGAUUUCUUUGUAGCCUUGUAUCAAAACCUUUUUUUAAUUUAAUUUUUUUUAUUCUUUAUUUUUUGAAAAACUGCUUCUGCUUACCUAGUAAGUCUUUUGAUCUUACCUCAUCCUAGAGCCUGUCCGGUGUUCUUAAGGCAUUUCACAAUUACUUGUAACUUUUUUAAACUGUUGGAGUCGUUUGGAAUACACAGAUGUAACCUAGUAAUCCAAAGAUACACAUCGCGGCAGGUGAUGGAGGGUGGGCCGUGCGCCCUCACGUUUGGCGUCCCGGAGCAGAGGGCCACAGUGCCGGGCGCCUCGGUGUCCUCGGAAGUCUGGGUUGGUUUCCCAGGGUGUGCGGUGUUCUAGUUCUGAGCAGCAGCGCCCGAGUAAGAGGUGGGGGUCAGGGAGGAAGGGCAGGCUCCGAUUAAGGCUCCCGUCUGAACACGGAAAGAACCUUCCCGAAGGUCCAGCUGUCGGCUGAGAGCAACAGCUGUCGGGAGAGCUCCCCGCCGCUCCCCCGGGUAGCGUGUGGGGCUGGAGAAGAACGCGGGUGCCGCUCCCUCUGCUCGCGCAGAGCCAAGGCCGAAAGCCAGCGGGCGGCCAAGCGGCUCAGCGGAGUUCUGACUGCCCAGCUCCACGUUCCUGACCUCCUGAGAUGCGCGGGAGGGGCACCCCUGCCCUGCCUCUCGCGGGUCCCCUUUCCACGCCCGGACCAGACUGGGGGGCCAGGGGGGGAAGGGGGCUCAGCCCCACACCCCAGGCACCUCCUCGGGCCUCGCGCCGCGUCCCCGCCCAGUGCCCUAACGUACACACGUGUCCGGUCCCUCCUCCCUGCAGACCCCAGACCCUGCGGGGGGGGAGGUAGCCACGCUCAUGGUCAUCUUGAAAACGAAGAGGCAGAGAACUACCUCGGAGGGUGUAGACCAUGUGUUUUCUCUUCCUUGGCGUCUCCCUGCUGCUGUCUGGGUGAGCCUGCAGGCACAGUGCCCGUGAGCGUGGGUGCCUCCCAACCCACCCGUCUCCGUGUCUUGGCCUUGACCUCCUGCUGCAAUAUGUGGUGGGGGCAUGGCAGCUAUGAGGUACUUCCUCCUCCAUUUGCUUCUGGCUGUGGUGACUUGGGAUUUUUAACCUUAUAUAUCUUUUUCCUUUAUUCAAAACAAAACAAUUUUUAGCACACUGAAAAAAAAAAAAGCCAAACAUUUUUGUGCCUUUCUAAGGCAGCACUGAAACUCAGGCUGCAUUUUAGUACUUAAUAUGGAAAUACCGGAGUCUCAGCUCCUCUACCUUGAGUGUUGGUCCUCACAGUCUGGGCGGGGGAGGGGGAGCGCUGUGUGUGGCUGCAGCGAUGGCAGGUAGUGAGGUGCGCCAGGGGCCCUCCCCCUGCCUUGGUGCCCUGUCGGGAAGUUUCCCUGGGAUGGUUUGGUUGUUGGGUCAGGAUCAGGAUUGGAGCUACUCCUGCCUCCAGCAAGGAGAGAGAGAGAGAGCGCGCGCUCCAGGAGCUCCAGGCACACUCUGGACCAUGUCGAGUGUGCCAGCCCCCGGGCCUGUGGGUGGCUGCACGCAGGGUGUAGGACAGACUCUCCUGAGAACGGACGGGGUUGUGUCUUCGCUUGUUGCUGGAUCCCGAACUGGCCUCCACCUCCCUCCUCUCCCUGAAGACCUGGCUUCCCUUUUACUGGAAGACUUCAGUCUUAAAGCAUUAAGCAGCCAGUGCCCUCUGCCCAGCCGUGUUCCCCGGGGAAGGCAGCCGGGACCAUGGCCGGGUCCUCAGUAUCGUGGCCACGGUCACUUUCGGCAAAGAACAAAGGAAAAAAAGGUUUUCUAUACAUUUUUUUUCUCUUUCCCUUUCCAGUUCUUCUUGCCUUUAAUCAAGAAUCAGGAGAGAAACCGUUCUUUUGAAAGUCCUCCCUCUAGGAUUUCGAUGUUCUUGGCCCAGGUGGGGCUGAGAACUUGAUGCGUUCUCCAGAACAGAGUCCCAAUUUGUAUAUCAGUGUUAAAAAUAAAAGCAAAACGAAAACUUAGAAAUUUUUGUGGACUAUUUUAAAAAUGUGUCAUUAAUAUAAAAAAAUUUCUAUUAGCAGUAUUUAAUCCUUCUCGCCUGUGAAGAAUAAGACAGAAGGUAAAUAUUCUUACAGAGAAGAGCAGAGCUUUAAGAUUGGUUUUCAUUUGAAGUCCCUUUUGUUUUGCCAACGUAUGAAUGUUUAGAGGUCUGUUAUACUAAUGUUAUUUAUUAAUUUUUUUCAUUUCCAUACACAGUUAACUAAAGAGCUUUUUCAAGCACCCAUGUCUGUAAAAAAAAAAAUAUUUUUAAAUAAAGUUUCUUUUGUCGUAGCA